GUCGUUUGUCAAUUUGUGAAACAUUUUUAAAGUGUAUUUUUAUUACAAUUAUGUCCGUAUUUGAUGAAAUACUGUGUAAACUUAGUGAAAUAUCUAACAGUUAUGUUCGCUCUCUCAACGACGAUGUAAAGGUCGCUUUCGACUGUAUAGAUAAGUUUGCUGAAGAAUAUCGCAAUGGACGCGGGAAACGUGAUCAGAAUCAGAAGAAAGCCCUUGUGAACACGCUUAUGAGCAUAAAUGAAGACGAAGAUGAGAACUCCCCCAAAGAUGUCCACAAGUCGGCAGAUGGCGAGAAACGACUCUCAAACAAGCGGAGUAAGGAGCAGGUGGACGACAUGGCAAGCCCUGAGCAGGAGAAGAGGCCUAAGAGAAAUGCAUCGGUUAAGGCUCAGAAUAAUAUUACCAAACAGGUGAACGUGAAUUUGACUCAGAAGCUACGACGCGACGACACGGAGAAGACAAGGCGACGUAAGGACGACGACAAAGAGAACACGCUGCCUCUAAUACAAGUGAAACAGGAGAAGAUAUCACUACCACCGGAGCCCAUGGAGACGGAAGCAGCGCUAGAAAUACCGCUGGUGGCGGUGAAGCAAGAGCCUAAUAAGGAUGACACGGCUAUGCCGCCGCCGACCGCGCCCGUACCCAGUAAGGCUGAGUCGCGAAAACUACCGCCAAAGGAGAAAUCAACAGACAGUGAAGAUGAACCAUCGGGCAAACGUACUACGCGCACAAGGAAGAAUACCGAUACCAUGCCACCACCACCUGCGCCGGCGCCGGCGCCCGUGGAGAGAGCGGCGCGCGGGUCGCGGCGCGGCGCGGCGCGGCCCGAGCCCGAGCUGCCCCCGCCCCCUCCCCCGCCGCCGGAGCCGCGCCCCAAGCGCACGCGCGCCAAGAAGAAAGUAUCAGAAUCAUCUUCGGCGGACACAGAAAAUACGCAACCAUCCAUAGAAAAUGGAAUCGGUACGCCUGAGAAACCACGACCAAAGAGGACCAGACGAGGGAAAAAAGCAGCGGACGAAGAACCGCCUAAAGCAAAAGAACCAACCCCCGAACCAGAAAUAAUAAUCCCCAAACAGGAAAGAACAUCAAUCCUGGACACCCAAUCACCGGCCAUACCCCAAAAGACCGUCAAAAAGACCAACUCCACUCUCAUGACCUCAGACGACUCCAUACAAUCUAAGAAGGGGUCUAAGAAGAAGGGAAAGAAAGAUCAGCAAGCUAGUUUGGAAGAGACUCAGGUGGUAAGCCAUAUGAAUACCACGGUGACCAUUAGUAUGGAUAAGACGGUGGUGCUGACGAAUGGGGCAUGUGACCAUGCUGAUGGAAAGAUGACGAUUGCAAUGAAUGAGACAGUUGUGUUAGACAAAAUCAACCGAGACACCAUGGUUUUGGACAAACCACAAGCCAAGAUUAUGGACGCCACAGUUGUUAUAGAGAAAGAUGGUGCGACGCCCAACAUGACAGACGACCUGUCCCUAUUGACUGACGACAACAGCGAAGAAUACAGCACACCCACCAAGGACGACCAACCACCUGAACCCACAUCCGCUGUAAAAGCCAAAGUACAACAGUUUGAAGAGAUGGCCGCCAGAACCACUAGGACAAAAACGAGAGCUAUGGCCAAAAAGGACGCAGAGACAGAAAGCAGUACGCCGCCUGACAAGAUAAUAUCGAAGCAGGUUCUCUCCGCGGAUACUCUUGCUAAGAUGAACAGCAUGAUUUUCAACGGCAAAACCACACAGAUAUCAAGUUCAGCCACAAAGCCGACCGCGAAGCUCCCGCCAGUGAAGAGCAUGCCCGCUUCAGCCUCUAAAGUGUGCGCCAUCAACAAGGCGCGCGAGGAAAUGCUCAGCAAGGACGACGCCAGGAAGAAGAAGGAAGCCAUGCUGGAAGCUAAGAAGGAACUGCAGAAACGAAAACGUGAAGAGAAAAUGGCGGCCGCCGCGGCCGCGCGGGAAGCCGCCGAGAAGGAGCGCCGCGCCGCGCUGCAGGCGCAAGCACGGGACAGGAUGGAAAAACAAGCUCAUGCCGAUCAAGGAAAACUAGAAAAAAUGAAGGAAGUAGAAAAGAAAAAGCAAGAGCUGGCGCGUAAAGUGGCGGAGACAGAAGAGCGGCGCCGCGCGGAGGAACAAGCGCGCCUGGCCAGGCUCGCUGAAGAGCAGAGAAAGGCUGAUCUGGCUAGAAAGAAGCAGCAAGAGGAAAGCGAGGCUAUGAAGAAAGAGGCUGCCAUGAUGGCCAAAGAAAUCGAGAGGAGACAGAAGGAAUAUCUUGAAAAACAAAAGAUGAAGCAAAGGAUGGAGGACAAAAUGCACACACCGCUGAAGAACGGCACCAAAGCGCCCCCUAUGGAGCCGGUGUACAUGCAGGACGGCUUCCAGCACCUCAACUCGGACGAUGAUGAUGAUGAAGCGCCGUCCAAGUUCCCCACCCCCGCCUGGUGCAAGUCGCGGCAUCGUCAACUAGCCCUCCAACACUUGCUGCCCAACGGUCUCGUGGACUCUCUGUUCUCGGUGCGCGUGCACAACGUGGACCUCCGAGCCAUCUUCCCGGCCGUGGAGCGCGCGGCGCUGAAGAGAACGUCUUCGGCCGUGUGGCGCACGCCGCCCGCUCUACACCUGUCCAGGGUUCACGAGUCUCCGGUAUAACGUCGAUUUGGGAACUGUCGCGGGCGAUCAUUGUAAAUAGUAUUAUGUAAUUUGUAUGUUAUCGUUAAUUAUAUAUGAUAUAUAUAAUGCCACACUGCAAAGACCGGAUCACACCCAAAACAAUACUUAUAUUUUUCUCUCUUCCAAGAGUAAAAUAUGUCAAUAAGAUGCAAAAUUAUGACCAGUUGAUUCAAAGUAUAUCUCUUUAUGGAACUCAUUCCACUUAAUCUAUAUCUUAUCUAACUUACGAUCAUUAUACAUUUAAAAUUAAUCUUAUAUUGCAAAGUGAUUAUUGUAUAUUUUCAAAAAAUAAUACUUUUGGGAGAGGUAGAUCUAAUCUGCACUAUACUGUCAAGAAAUAAAUUUUCACCACACCAACUGGUAGACUGCCUUGGUAAGUAAAGCUGAGGAGAUGAGAAAGUUGCUCUCAAUUAUCUAUUUUGAAUUUCUUUGGUCUAAUUUUGUUUGAUACUAUAAAGUCGCCGUCAAUAGAACUUAUGAACAAUUUAAACAAACCUUGCAGUCAAAAUGUCUUUAAUUUUCAAUGUAACUCAUCAGCAGAGGUCGGACGGAUUUGCGACAUUCUUAGUGACUUACGUCAUUUUAAUGACUUUUAGUAUGAGAUGACGCACAA